UGUCUAUCCAUUGUUUGCCAGCAUUUCCUCUUCUUCAUCAAGACUUUCAUCCUUGAAAGGCCUUUCGACCUUGUUCUGCACGUUCUUCUCGCCAUUUCUUGCGUAGAAAUAUUUGCGUACUUCGCUAGACCGGCAGGAUCCGCUGGUCUCGUCUAGAACCACAAACUCUGCUUUAAUUUGGCAGUUUGUUUUCUAGCUGGUCCACCGACUCGAAGUCAGGACAAUUUAUCACGACUCUGACGAGUACAACAAGGAAAAAACCGUUUUACCGACAUCGCUGGUUGAACAAUCUUUACUAACCCUGACAAGCCCCAGUCUUAUCCCCCAGCCCUCACCCUUUUUAUCUUUGUAUCUUUUUCGCAUAUCAAUAUGAGUUAUCGUCCUCCGUCGACCAGCCCUAGCCCCUCUCCGGCUCCACAUGAUGUCGGCAAAAACCGUCAGUCCAUGGGCCCAGCCACUCGUGGCGGCUUUGCUGCCCCUCCUUCCCCCCGUCCAGGAGCAGGCAACAGCGCUCGGCCUACUAGCGAACUCCUGGGAAGCGCUGGAUUAUUUCAGCAGACUCCAGAAGCUGAAGCCUUAGAUCAAUGGUUCGAAAAUCUUCAGAAUUACGAAGCUACCCUAGAGGAAAUGGCUGCUGCUUCUUUGGACGUUAAUUUUAAAGAGGAACUUUCUGCCAUUGAGCAAUGGUUCAAAGUUCUCUCUGAAGCUGAGCGCACAGCCGCUCUGUAUAGUCUUCUUCAACAUUCGACUCAAGUUCAAAUCCGCUUUUUCAUCACGGUCCUUCAGCAGAUGGCUAGAUCGGACCCCAUGACAGCUCUGCUGAGUCCAGCAAUGGGCGGCUCUAUGCAAAGUCAGAUGGAAGCUAAGCUCGCGACUCUCAAAUCUCCUGGGCUUAAAUCAGGUCUCCCUGCUUCUCCUACCGCCCGAAACUUUAGUGGUAGUGCAGGUCCCGGAAAUCGUCAGUCCCUCGCUCUGGACAACUCAUCCAAUUUUCUAUCACCCGAUUCUGCUGCCCUUCCGUCGGAUCCUGCUGCGACUCUUGCGCAGCAGCGUGCCAAAUUUAAGGCUAGCAAUGCCGCGCACAGGAUUUCAGCACCUGUGUUAGCUUCUGUCGGAACUGAAAAUCGUGUUACUUGGGGGAACACUGGUGGUAGUUCACAGCUUGGUCAGGUUGCUGAACAAAAUGGCGGAUCGCAAGACCUUGUUAUUAAUAGCUCUCGGCCCAAGAGCACGGAGUUUUCGGGUACUAUCGGCUCGCCUCGGGUACCCGUCAGCGCCUCCAACAACGAGGUCACUGUCUCGAACGAAACCGGAAGCUGGGCGAGUAUGGUGAACACUCCGCUCAUCCCUAUGUUCCAAAAGGAUAGUCGUAUGAAUCCGAGCCUAGAUGCCGCUGCAACCAAGUUGAACGAAUGGUCCGCCAACAAGAAUGCUACUCCUGGCGUCCCUCGCAUGGGUGACCCUACUAUUCACAGGCGGAACAAAAACAACAACGACGAUGAUAACGGGCAAUAUAACCACGGGAAUAACAGAAUGAGAAAUGCAAACUUUGGUGCUGGUGCGCCGGGGGCCGGUUGGUCUGGGGUUGGCGUGCGGAGCCCGGCGCUCCCGAACAGUGCGUCCAAUCGAUUAGAUGAAAAUGGCCUUGCCAACGCUAUGGCAGGCCUGAACGGUCUAGGAAUGCAGAUGGGCGGAGGUGGAUUUGGCAUGGGCAUGGGCAGUCCAGGGCUUGGUAUGGGCAUGCCCAAUCUUGCUGGAAUGUCUGGAAUGUCUCCAAUUGCCCCUUUUAACAUGCAAAUGCUUGCCGCCAUGGGAAUUUCACCCGAAGCGCAAUUACUUGCAGCACAGAUGGCCGCGAAUGGAUUUGGACAGCAAGGAUGGAUGGGAAUGCAUAAUGGACCCGCGAGCGCCGGUGCUAGUUCGAGGAGAGGCCCGCAUAGUGCGAGGUCUGUGAAGAGUCCUAGUAGCACCGCUGGUGGCGCUACACCUAAGGGUGAAGAAGACGUUGACCCCCAUGUACUCAACGACGUGCCUGCUUGGUUAAGAAGCCUGAGGUUACACAAGUAUACUCCUAACUUCGAGGGUAUGAAGUGGCAGGAUAUGGUGGUGCUUGACGAGGCUCAGUUGGAAGGAAAAGGCGUUGCUGCACUGGGAGCUAGACGUAAGAUGUUGAAAACGUUCGAGCUCGUUAGGAAAAAGAUGGGAAUCGAAGGAGGGCCUCCUAGCAGCCAGCCUCCCAGUGCGGUGCUGUCGCUCCAAUCUGCUUGAGCGUAAUCGGUGUUUGCUCUUGGGCAUUGGAAACCCAUUUUAAUAACUCAUCGUUUGCCUACUUCAGGUUUCCUUCUUUUCCUUUCCGAAGUGUUUCUACCCUCCUUUGCUUACCGAAUAGGAUUCACGAACCUCUCUUUCUUCUAAAUGAAUCACCGUCGUCCCUUUCUGAUCUACCUGUUUCGCUAACUGGUUUCGAUUUAUAUAUGUCUCCUUCCGUCGACCUAUCUGUAUGUGUAACUAUACUAAUUAUCGGUCUUGCCAUCCUUAUUAUUGAUGUUGAGCUAUUAAGCUAGACUGAGCUUCGGUACAACGUACCGGAGAUUCAUGAGACUCGAAAACGUGGGGGUCCGUUCUUGGUCCGUUUUUGCAAUCUGGG